AUGGACGUGUGGAGUCUCUGGACGCUCGGAUCGUCCAGCUGCAUCAUGUUCACGUGCGCGCUGCUGGUGGUGGUCAGCCUGCUGUUCGUGGUGCACUACACCAGCAGGAAGAGGAGAAAGGACGAGCCGCCUUUAAUCAAAGGCUGGAUCCCUUUCCUUGGGAAAGGUCUGGAGUUCGGAAAAGAUGCUUAUAAGUUCCUGGACAAGCACAAGAGGAAGCAUGGAGACAUUUUCACGGUCCAGAUGGCAGUAGCCAACAGCCCCGUACAACAAGUCUUUGGGGAUGCGGUCAUCAUACAUUUGGGUGACGUGGCCAAGCCAUCGCAAGCGUCUCUGGGUCAGGAUGGUAAAUACAUGACCUUUGUCUUGGAUCCGUUACUGUAUCCGUAUAUCAUCAAACACGGCCGGCAGCUCGACUUUCACGAGUUCUCCAACAAGGUGGCGCCUAUCACAUUUGGGUACCCGCCGGUCCACAGCAAGCUGCAUCCUGGGUUGAAGGAGCAGAUCCAGCGCUCCUUCAAACUCCUGCAAGGGGAAAGCCUCACCCUGCUGACAGAGAGCAUGAUGGGUAACCUGAUGCUGGUGUUUCGCCAGGAUCACCUGGGGCACAGCGACUGGAUGAGCGGUAGCAUGUACCAGUUCUGUCUGUCUGUCAUGUUCGAGGCCACCCUCCUGACCAUGUUCGGCUGCGUGUCGAGUGCCCGCCGCCACGGUGGGGUGAGAGCGCUGAGGGAUGACUUCGUCAAGUUCGAUGACAAGUUCCCCCUGCUCAUCGCGCAGGUUCCCAUCUGUCUGCUACGGGGAACCAGAGCGAUCCGCAAAAAGCUCAUCAACUACUUCCUGCCCGACCGCAUGUCAUGCUGGACCAACAUGUCGGAGUUUAUCCGCAUGCGUAUGGAGGUGUUUGACAACUACGAAAACCUGAGAGACGUCGACAAAGCAGCUCAUCACUUUGCCAUGCUUUGGGCGUCUGUGGGGAACACGGUUCCUGCCACCUUCUGGGCCAUGUACUACCUGCUGAGCCACCCGGAGGCGCUGCAGGCAGUACGACAGGAGAUCCAGGAGGUCUUGAGCCUCAGCGGUGUGGAAUUCAGCAAUGACACAGAUGUGAAGCUACACAGGGAGCAGCUGGACAAGCUCCAUUAUAUGGAGAGCACCAUCAAUGAGAGCUUCCGUCUGUCCUCGGCCUCCAUGAACAUCCGGGUGGCGCAGGAGGACUUCAGUCUGCAGCUGGGGGAGAGUCGCUCAGUUGCCGUCAGGAAAGGAGACAUCAUCGCCAUGUAUCCUCAGAUCAUGCACCUGGACCCGGAAAUCUACGAGGAGCCCAAGAAGUUCCGAUUUGACCGCUACGUUCACAACGGUGCAGAGAAAACGGACUUCUACAAGGACGACCAGAAGCUGAAGUACUACCUGAUGCCAUUUGGCUCGGGCUCAUCCAUGUGUCCCGGACGCUACUUUGCCAUGAACGAGAUAAAGCAGUUCCUGAGCCUGCUGCUGCUGUACUUCGACCUGCAGCUGGAGGACGGGCAGAGCCGCGCUGAGCUCGACCCCAGCAGGGCCGGUCUGGGGAUCCUGCUGCCCUCUGCUGACGUCCGAUUCCGCUACAGACUGCGAGUUGUCUGA